UCCGCCGAGGGUGCUCUGGAGGCGGAGUCCGCGUCCACGCCUCCUCUGCUGCUUCCCGGCACCCUGGCGAUGCCGGGGCCCGCCUCCCGGAGCCCGAGUGCAGACUCCGCCCUGGGUCGUGGAGUCCUGCACGCCCCCACAGUGACCCCCGGCCCUUUUCAGACGCCUCCUCUCCUCUCCGGCCCUCCAACGCUAUCGCUGUCCGAAGCGGCCACUCUUGCUUUUGGGGGGCUGGUACUAAGCGGGGACCACCGGCCUGAGAGUCCCGGAGCUACCACCGCCACCAACGCUAUGGGGCCUUGGGGAGAGCCCGAGCUCCUGGUGUGGCGCCCCGAGACCGCAGCCUCCGAGCCCCCCCUGCCAGUGGGGCUGGAGGUGAAACUGGGCGCCCUGGUGCUGCUGCUGCUGCUUACUCUAGUCUGCAGCCUGGUGCCCAUCUGCGUGCUGCGCCGUGCUGGGAUCCAGCCUGGAACUUCAGCUUCCCGACAAAGAGCCCUCAGCCUGGUCAGCUGCUUUGCUGGGGGCGUCUUUUUGGCUACCUGUCUCCUCGACUUGCUGCCUGACUACCUGGCCGCCAUAGAUGACGCCCUGGCGGCCCUGCACGUGACACUCCAGUUUCCCUUGCAAGAGUUCAUCCUGGCCAUGGGCUUCUUCUUGGUGCUGGUGAUGGAACAGAUCACGCUGGCUUACAAGGAGCAGUCGGGACCCCCGCCUAGAGAGGAGACCAGGGCUCUAUUGGGAUCAACAAACGGUGGCCCUCAGCACUGGCACGAUGGAUCUGGGCUCCCGCAGGCCGAUUGCGUCCCAGCUUCUCCUUCAGCACUGCGUGCCUGUGUACUGGUCUUCUCACUGGCACUGCACUCGGUAUUUGAGGGGCUGGCCGUGGGGCUGCAGCGAGACCGGGCGAGGGCUCUGGAGUUGUGCUUGGCCUUGCUGCUCCAUAAGGGCAUCCUGGCCGUCAGCCUGUCCCUGCGGCUGCUGCAGAGCCGCUUGCGAGCUCAGGUGGUGGCUGGCUGUGGGCUCCUCUUCUCGUGUAUGACACCUCUGGGCAUUGGGCUGGGCACGGCUCUGGCACAGUCGGCGGGUCCACUGCACCAGCUGGCCCAGUCUGUCCUGGAGGGCAUGGCGGCGGGCACUUUCCUCUACAUCACUUUCCUGGAAAUCCUGCCCCAGGAGUUGGCCACUCCUGAGCAAAGGAUCCUCAAGGUGAUUCUGCUCCUAGCAGGCUUUGCACUGCUCACAGGCCUGCUCUUCAUCCAAAUCUAGGGGAGCCUGAGAGGGACUGGGGAGAGGGAUCUUGUGUGUUAACCCCUCCACCAUCCAGUCUAUGGGGGAGCAGUGCAUUGUGGGAAAGGACAACACUGAGGGCCAGCGCUCUCAGGGAGGUGAGGAGAGAGCCUCUGGGAUUAUCUAACCAGUGAGAGGGGAAGUAACCAGACAGUAAUCUGGCUCCAUAGCCAAGAGACAAGGAGCCAUCAAAUCACUGGGCAUGAUCAGGCAUGGUAGUAUGAUGAAGUCACUCAUGGACUGCCAGAAUCACAUCAUACACUACACACAGGACGGAUUGACUGGGGCGGCUUGAGAUUGGGUGCUCAGCAGCUGUGGGAUAAAGGCCUUAAUCCAUUUCAGCCCUCUGUGCUGCAGUGACAGCUCCUCCCCUGUCCCUUUCCUUGGCCCUUGCUUUCAUGUCUACUCCCUUUCCAUCCUCCCAGAGAUGUUGUCAGAUAGCCCUUUGUGCCAGCUUUGCUACCUUCUCUGGGUUCUCUCUUUAAAGUGCCAAAUAAGUAACCUUUCUCAAAGCACA